UUAGAUGGUUUUACAGGUGUUCACUGCGAGUUGAAAGUUGAUGUGUGCAGCACUGCUCCAUGUAAUAACAACGGCACAUGUGUUGCCACAAAUGGAAAUGUCUCGUGUAUCUGUCCACCAGGUGUCACUGGAGAUCUGUGCCAAACAAUAAUGAGCUGUCAAUCAAACCCAUGUCAUAAUGAGGGAUUAUGUAUUGACGAGAAAAACGGAUACCAAUGUAUUUGCAAAGCUGGGUAUUCUGGUUAUAGAUGUGGAUCCCAAAGUAUUUGUAAUACCAGUAAUCCUUGUUUGAAUGGGGGAUCAUGUACUCAGCUUAAUCAUUUCUACAUCUGUAUAUGCCCACCACAAUAUACAGGCGUCAAUUGUUCUGUUCUUAUGAACGCAUGUGAAAAUCACAAUUGCAACGAAAAUGGGACAGAAAGUUGCGAAAGUUUUGGCGAAAAAUUUGUCUGUGUUUGUAAACCUGGGUUUACUGGAUUGAAAUGUGAUGUUUAUGUGGAUCAAUGUAAACACGGGGUGUGUCAAAAUGGAGGAACUUGCUUUAAUUUAAACCAGGGAUAUAGGUGUGAAUGCAAAAUGGGGUUUUCGGGCACGGAUUGCGAAAUAAACAUAGAUGAUUGCGCAAUACAUCCAUGUGUAAACGGGAUAUGUUUAGAUGGAAUUAACUCAUUCGAAUGUUUUUGUGAAAAUGGUUUCACAGGGGACAAAUGUGAAAUCGACAUAGACGAAUGUGGUAGUUCCCCUUGCAUACAUGCGUUGCAAUGUAUUAACAAACAAGGUGGUUUCGAAUGUAUUUGUUUGGAAGGAUUCACUGGAAUUAAUUGUAAAAUAAAUAUUGAUGAAUGCGCAAGUCACCCGUGUCUUAAUAAUGGAAGAUGUAUAGACCAAACGAACAGCUAUACAUGCAUUUGUACCAAAGGAUUUUUCGGCAAAAAUUGUGAAAAUGAAACGAAUGAAUGUGAAUCGUCACCUUGUAUAAAUGGUGGAACGUGCAUUGAUCUGAUUGGUCGGUUUGAAUGCGACUGUGAAACGCCAUAUAAGGGUGUACAUUGUGAAAAACUGCCAUGUGAUGAUCCUACACCCUGUUAUAAUGAUGCUGUGUGUGUUAAUGUACUUGAAGGAGGUGUUGGGUUUGCGUGCCAUUGUCAACCAGGCUUCACAGGACACCAGUGCGCCACAAAUAUCAAUGAGUGCAGUUCCAAUCCUUGCAAUAAAGGAAUGUGCGUGGACGGUAUCAACUUUUUCUCGUGUUUGUGUCCGCCUGGUUAUGAUGGAGCUUUAUGCGAUGAACCUGUCAAUAAUUGCUUGGACAACGAAUGCCAAAAUGGAUCAACAUGUGUUGACUUACGAAGCAAGUAUAAAUGCAUAUGUGCAACUGGGUGGACAGGCUCAUAUUGUGAGGUCAGAAUAAACAAUUGUGAUGUCAUGCCAUGUCAUAAUGGAGGGGAAUGUGUGGAUUUGAUUGACAGCUACAAAUGUGUUUGCACUCCAGGCUACACUGGCAUCAACUGCACAACAAACAUCAACGACUGCGUUGACGAACCAUGCCAAAACAACGGGACUUGCAUCGAUAUGGUUCAACGAUUUAUCUGCGUCUGUUCCGUUUCAUUUACUGGAGAAUUUUGCGAAAUCUCGUUUGACCCGUGUUCGACCAAUCACAACCCUUGUUUCAAUGGUUCGUCGUGCAUGGUUGAUCACGAGGGUAAACCAUCUUGCCUCUGCCCACCAGGAUUUGGGGGUAAAUAUUGUGAAUCGAAUAUAAACGAAUGUGCGUCGAAUCCUUGCUUGAAUGGUGGUUCAUGUAGAGAUGGCAUAGCUGGAUAUAUAUGUCGGUGCCGUCGUGGGUUUGCGGGGCAACAAUGUGAGCUUGAAAAGGACCCGUGUCGUGUACAACCGUGCGCCAAUGGUGCUACGUGUGUCGUUGAUAAGGAUUCCUUUUUCUGCAUAUGUCCGGAUACCUACACGGGCGUCCAUUGUGACGUUGAUGUAAAUGAAUGUAAUCAACGAUCAACUUGCAACAACAACGGUCGUUGCAUCAACACUCGUGGAAGUUAUUACUGCGUGUGCUAUGUUGGUUAUGAUGGGAAAAACUGUGAGACAGAAAUCAAUGAAUGUCUUUCUGAGCCUUGUCUUAAUGAAGGACUUUGUCAGGACUUCAUUGGAAAAUAUGAAUGUAUUUGUAAACCCGGCUUUACUGGUAGGAGUUGUAACAUUGACAUCGACGAGUGCUUGUCAGCUCCUUGCCACGAAAAUGCUACAUGUCUUGACCAGGUCAAUGGAUAUAAAUGUUUGGUGCGCGCCUGGUUGGACAGGAGAGUCAUGUGACUUGAUGAUGUCAUCAUGCGUGUCAUCACCGUGUCUUAAUGACGGGAAAUGUUUUGAAACUCAAGAUGGAAUACUGUGUGACUGCU